AUGCUGCCGCAGACCCUCGCCGGCUUCCUCUACACGUCCACCGACAACAGCAGACGCGGCCAGCACUUUGCCAGCCUCUCCGGCAACGGUGCAGCCCCGUUCGACCUUUCCCUCCCUUACCUUCACAAUAACAAGGACGACAAGGGCAUCACCCAGGUGGACGCCUGCAAUGGCCUUCUUCUCUACCGUCGCCACAAGAAGAACAAGGUGACCCCUUGGAAAAAAGAGGACGAUUUCGGUUUUGUGGUGUGCAAUCCCGCCAUAGGGAGGUGGAUGGAGCUGCCCCCACAACCGCAGGCGCCACCGAGAAGAUAUACCUACAUCACAGGCCUGGCUAUUGAUCCGGCAGUCUCGUCCCAUUUUCACAUUCUUCUUUUCGAAGAGACCUAUACUGGAUACUACAUCACAGGAGUGAACAUCUACUCAUCGCGAACAGGAGCCUGGAGUCAUAGGGACAGCAGUGGGAUGGUUGAGAAAGUCACCCUGUUCUCUAGGAGUAAAUGUGUCUUUGCUGGAGGUAUGAUGUACCUCAUGGGCAAUCUGGAGGACAUCAACGGUGAGUAUGUGCUGGUGGGGGUGGACAUGGAGGGGAAAGUGUGGAAGACUAUCUGCACUCCGUAUGUUCAAAGAUUUGGAACCAUUGGAUUGUCUCAGGGGUGCUUACACUAUGCUGUAGCUUCUGUCGGUGAUUACAAUGCAAUCCAGUUUACUGAGAUAGCGCUCUGGUGCCUCAAGGAUCGUGACAGUAAAGAAUUAGUCCUGAAGCAUACCGCCAACAUCAAUAAGCUUAUGAGCAUCACUGGAAAGAUGUACGUGGUGGUUGAGAUUCAUCCAGAUUGCGACACCAUUUUCUUGGUUUCAUUUCGUGGUGAUACCUUGGCAGCCUACGAUAUGCAACAUCAGAAAGUUGGCUGUAUCCUUAAUCUUGAGAAGAAUACACGACAAUUUCUACCUUAUGUUCCUCUGUUCUCGGAAUCAUUAGCAGAUGAAGAUGGGCGGUAG